AUGUUGAGAGGUGUGAAACGUACAAAUGGCCUUCGUUCUUUGGUUAAAUGUAGCCAAACUGCUGCUAGAAGAUAUACCGCCACGCCGGUUUUUGCUCGCGGCUUGAAAACAUCGACCAGACCAACUCCCCUGGCUGUCAAUGUGCCGUUGAGAGGUGCAUCUUUGGGCAACUCGAUGUUAUUUGUUAGACACAACUCCCAGAUUGUCAAGGUUCCUGAGAUGGCUGAGAGUAUCACCGAAGGUACCUUGGCUUCUUUCGCCAAGGAGGUUGGCGACUACGUCAAGCAGGAUGAGCUCAUAGCAACCAUCGAAACAGACAAGAUCGAUGUGGAGGUCAAUGCUCCAAUCUCCGGUAAGGUCACCGAAUUGUUGGUGAAUGUUGAGGACACCGUCGAGGUUGGCCAGGAUUUGCUCAAGAUUGAGCCUGGCGAAGUUCCAGAAGAUGCCGGAAAGAAAGAGGAGAAGGUGGAAAAGAAAGAAGAAAAGAAAGAAGAAAAGAAAGAGGCCGCUCCUGAGCCAGUCAAGGAGGCUCCAAAGAAACAGGAAAAGCCUGCUGAGUCCAAGCCAGCUCCUCCAAAGCCGGCUGCUUCUAAAGGCGCUGCUCCAAAAGCUGCUGCUCCUGAAAAGGCCGCUCCUGCUGGAAAGUUCUCCAGAUCCGAGGAGAGAAUCAAGAUGAACAGAAUGAGAUUGAGAAUUGCCGAGAGAUUGAAGGAGUCUCAAAAUACUGCCGCAUCUUUGACCACUUUCAACGAGGUCGACAUGUCGAAUUUGAUCGAGAUGAGAAAGCUGUACAAAGACGAGAUCUUAAAGAACACUGGUAUCAAGUUUGGUUUCAUGGGUGCUUUCUCCAAGGCCAGUACUUUGGCCAUGAAGUCCAUUCCAGCAGUUAACGCUGCCAUCGAGAACAACGACACCAUGGUGUUUAGAGACUACGUUGAUAUCUCGAUUGCCGUUGCCACUCCUAAGGGAUUGGUCACUCCUAUCGUUAGAAACGCCGAGAGCUUGUCUGUUUUGGAGAUCGAGGACUCCAUUGCUCAGCUUGGUGUGCGUGCCCGUGACGGAAAGCUGACUUUGGAAGAUAUGACCGGAGGAACUUUCACCAUCUCCAACGGAGGUGUUUUCGGAUCGCUUUAUGGUACCCCUAUUAUUAACAUGCCACAGACUGCUGUUCUUGGAUUGCACGGAAUCAAGGAACGUCCUGUUGCUGUGAACGGCAAGGUUGAGAUUCGUCCAAUGAUGUACAUUGCUUUGACCUACGAUCACCGUAUGUUGGACGGUAGAGAAGCCGUUACUUUCCUCAAGACCGUCAAGGAAUUGAUUGAGGAUCCAAGAAAAAUGCUCUUGUUGUAA